UUUUCAGGCAUUUCAAGAGGUUAUAAAGAAGGAUGAGCACUUGGCUGUCGGACAUUUCAUGUUGGGUGUUGUCAAUUUAAUGUGUGCAAGGUAACCAUGAAUAAACACAAAAGAACUUAAGCAUUCUUGAUUGGAGUAUCCCUACUGACAUUGUAAACAUUUUUACUUUUCCACAGGCAUUCAGACGCAUUGGUUAACUUCAAUGAAACGCUUAAAAAUUUACGAGAAAAAAAAUGUAUUGACUACAGACAGUUGGGCUUGAGAUAUAAAUUAUACAAAUGUGAGGUAAGCUUUGAUUGGUUGAUUUGCAAGAGAAUAAGACUCUCAGUAGCUUCUGUAGUCAUUGGCUUGAAGAAAGGAGCUAGCAGUUGCCUACACAGCCUUCAAACACCUUGGUAGAUUUGAACAAGCAUUACAUGAUAAUACUUUUUGUUUGUGGAAACACAACAUAAAUUUAUUACUGCAUUUACAUGGUGCGGUUUCCACAAGCAAAAAAGUAUUAUUGUUUUAUCGGACUUCAAUGAUUUGGAUUCUUGCACUUCACUUGGUGGAAUUAAUAUUAGAAUGUUAGGGUUUGUAAUCCAAGUGAGAAUAUAUACAUUUUAAGACCUAACCAGGAACGACUGUGAAAAAUGCAGCACAAGGUCCUCUGGUAGGAAUUGAACAUGAACUUACGGUUACAGCUCAACAGCUGGCCUCUGUAGCUCAGUUGGUUAGAGCGCUGCACCGAAAUCACAGGGCCGUGGGUUCAAUUCCUAACAGAGGACCUUGUGCUGCAUUUUUUGCAGUUGUUCCUGGUUAGGUCUUAAAAUGUAUAUAUUCUCACUUGGAUUAUUGUUUUAUCGCCAUGCAAACCCACAAAGAACUUAUUAAGCAUUACCUGGUAGCAAUUGUUUGGAAACUUUAGAAGUAUGGAGACUUUGUCAUCUAUCAUUUCUUAUAAUUUUUCUCCAAAUACAAGACUACUUUAUAUAAUAAAAAAAUAUUAGCAUUACUUUCUCACUCUGAUAUGAACUGCAGGUUCACCACCAUCUGCUGCACGAUAGUGCUUAGUAAAACCCACUUGUACGUAGUGGUCAAGUCUAGCUACCUCGCCACAUUUCCCAAGCAUCUGGAUUUGGCUUUUAGUUACUGGAGGCUACCUUGGCAAAAAAUAAGUUAGAGAUUCUAAUUUUGUAGGUUCUGCUCAAUCGAGCUGUAUGUCUGUCAAGUCUUGGAUAUUUGGACAACGCAGUAGGAAACCUUCUAUCCGCUCUUCAGUGUAAAGUGGAGCCUCGGCAUAGCAUCAUAGAUAUUAGCUUGAAUAAUGUACAGGUAUUUUUCCAUUCAAUUAUUUUUUAUUUACUGUAGAAUGCAGUGACUGCUUCGUCAUGCUCUUUAUGUUCACGAUUUUAAUUAGCUUUCUAAUUCCCAUUUUAAUGGAAGUAAUUAUAAACUUGUCACAAUCAGGUGCCCAAAAAUCACAGGAAUUAGGUCUCAAUGAUCAACACUCAUUUCAAUGAAGAGUUGGUUUUCACUGAGAAUAUCUUCCCUUGGCUACAUUUCCAUUCAAAUAAUGAUAAAAUUGCUGUUUUUCUUAUUCUCUGUGAAUGUUUCAAGAUGCUUUUAAAAGGUACAAAGCCAGUGUUCAAAAUGUAUGUCUUCGUUUAGAGUGGUCAAGGUAUCGAGUUUCUUGUUAUGGAUGCAAUUUUUCAGCCACCAAAAUCCAAGACAGCAAAUAUGGAGAAGAGAGAUUACCUGGGAAAAUCACAGGUUUAUACCAGCUUUUGUUUUUAAAAUUUGUUUUUAUUCGGUGAUUUUGUCCAGUUGUAGAACUUCUCAUCAUGAUAGUUUGGAGUGCAUUUAAAUACUGCGCCACAUCAAUUAUUGUCACAUCAUACCCAGUAGGUGUGGACUGUUUCACAGACUGAACUAAAAACAUCUUUUUAUGUGGGAUAGUUCUAUAAACGGUUCUCUUCAGAGGUAAAGAAAAGCCAUCUCUUGUUGGCCCAAUGUUACUACAGGAGGAAAGCCAAGUACCCAGAGAAAAUCAAUAUAGGGGCCUCGUCAUAAAAGUCCAACAGUGUUUCCAGAGGUCUCUAGCCUGUUAUACUAUUCUAUUAAACAUUCAACUUGUACAUGCAGUAAAUAUUUUUUGUGGGUAAAUAAGAAAAUCAGCUGUGUUUCUCGCGUUCAAAUGAAGGAAAAUUAUGGUCAGAAAAUGAAAGACACCGUCCACCAGUUGCUGAGAUAAAAAGCGUUUUGUACAUUAACCUCUUUGCCAUCCUCUUUGCCGCAUCUAACAGUUUAAUUUUGCAUUUCUACAGGUUGUUGUUGACACAGGAGCUUACGAGAAAAUGGAGACCCCCUUACACUUGGUAAGAAAAAGAAAUCACCUGAGUACACUACACUAACACAGCAAAUAUCAUGAUUAUUAGAUUACACUGAUAUCGAACUAGACUAGUUAAGUAGACUCAGUUCCGAAAUAUUCCGAUAACUAGACUCAGUUCCGAAAUAUCACAUACUCGAACCGAGCUGAUCGCGUAGCUCAGUUGGCAGAGCAUUGGGCUAGUAUUCCAAAGGUCGUAGGUUCGAUUCCCACCGUGGCCAGGCAUAUUUUUCAAGCCUGCCCGGUGUGGAUAUACUGUACACUCAGAGUAACAUCACAAGCAUCUUAUUCACCUGAGUACACUACACCAACACAGCAAAUAUAGAAAAUAAAUCACGUUUAAAAUAACCAUUUUAAAGGCUGUAGUACCUGAAAAACGGACAAGACUUUAAAAACUUGUAAAAUUGCCCAACGGGGUUUAAGUAGUUAAAAUAUUAAAGUCUGUGUUGAUGCCUUUAACAUAUUAAAUAUUAAAAUAUUGUAUGACGAAAAUAUUGUAUGACGUCAUGUGGGUGAACUAAACGAAAUUUCUUAUUUCUUUAGCGAGGUCGUGUGAACACCGGUGGUACAACAGCGCCACAGUCACCAUCAGAUUCUGGUGAGCUUUAUCGAGUAUUGUACGACUUCACCGCACAACAUUUUAAUGAGGUGUCUGUGAAAGCCGGUGACGUCAUCACAGUGAUUGAAACCGCUGACGAUGGAUGGUUCACCAUGGUAACGAAGGACUCGAGAAAGGUAAUUGAAUGUGUUCCCAGGAACAUCAGACUCACUAUUCUUUUUAAUUGCUAUCAAAUACAACACUGCUGUAUAUUGUAAGGUUCUUACAACACUUGAAAGCCCUUGAAUGUCCUUGAAUUUGAAAACAAAAAUUCAAGGCCUUGAAUGUUCUUGAAUUUGUAAAGAAGUACUUGAAAGUCCUUUCUUGCUUUAGUUUUUUGAUAUUUUCUGAAAUUGUUUGACAUUCAAAACGGACAUUUUGUUGAAUUGAUUUCGCAUGUUCAUAUCUGUCAAAGCUGUUUGAAACUCAUUAAAGUUGCGUUUUGAACAGUUCGCCUUCUCUCCAGUAUUUAGUCCUUGAAUUUGCUGAUACAAGGCCUUGAAUGUCCUUGAAUUUGUAAAGAAGUACUUGAAUGUCCUUGAAUUCUUCUUGCUUUAGUUUUUGGAUAUUUUCUGAAAUUGUUUGACAUUCAAGACGGACAUUUUGUUGAACUGAUUUUGCAUGUUCAUAUCUGACCUCAUUACAAAGUUACGUUUUGAACAAUUCGACGUCAGAUUUUGCUGAUUUCUAACGCCUUCUCUCCAGUAUUUAGUCCUUGAAUUUGCUGAUACAUGGCCUUGAAUGUCCUUGAAAAGUCCUUGAAUUUGACUCUUUCUGACAUGUACGAACCCUGAUGUAUAAUUGAACGAAUUAACAUAAUUACUUUGGUGGACAACUGCAGGUUGGCCAGCAUCUGCUGCACGAUAAUGAAUCCACCAUGAUUAACCAACCUCAUCUUACGUAUCUUUAUCACUGAUCUGUGUUGAUUUUUUAGACUGGACUAGUGCCAGGUUCUUAUGUGGAGAAAUAUAGCAAUAAUGAAGAGGUGAGAUUGAGAUAUCUUAAUUUGAAAGAAUUUUUAAAAUUAUAUGCAAAUCUCCUUUACCGUUUAUUCCCAUUUUGCUUAGUUUUUUGAAAUAUUUUCACUUCAAACAAUAUUAGCUGUCCUCCAUCUUGGAUAAAUUUUUAUCUCAUCGGUGAUUUUAGUGACGUCAAAAGCAGGGUUAGUUUGGGUUAGUGAGAAAAUUUCCGUUCCACGCGCAAAAUUCCGCCUAAUAGAAAACCAGCUUUAAGGAGGGACUGCUCGCAGUAGAACUGUGCGGUUAAUCGAAAAAUUUGGUUCUUCUGGUACUUUUUUUAGCGCCGAUAAGUUAUACGCAAAAGAAGUGGUAGUUUCGGGUAGUACUCGGGUUUCCCUCGUUUCACUGGGACUCUACUUACUUUUCAUUUUAUUCUUUUUUCCAGCCUGUGACAACCCGUCAAGCUCUACUCACGGACCUGAGAAAAAAAGAAACUCGACAAUCAUUAAGAAGAGUUCAAGCGCCCGUAAUCAAACCAACGUUCAUGCGACAUAGCAGCGCAACGGAAAUUGGUGAUCAUACAUACGCCAAUGGCUUUAACUCAUCCAACCGGAAAGAGAGACCAAAGACAGUAGAACUAGGAGGGUUGGGGAAAACUAGUCCGAAGCCUCCUCCAAAAGUAGAGCCAAAAAUUCACGCAGGCCCGCCAAAAUUUCGCCGAAAGAAUUCGGUAGAAAACUUACUAGCGAACAAAAGCCCGAAAACUUCGCCAAUUUUUGGCAAAAAGCCGUUCGACACAAAAAUUUUCGACGAUGAAAAUAACAAUGUCAAUAGUGACGAUGAUGGUUACGAAGAGAUGGCGGAAAUUCGCGAAGUGAAACCGUAUGCUAUACAUGAUGUCAUUUCACCUGCCGAAAGACUGAAGUCUAUAAAUGGUCGGAAAGGUCCGGGCAGACCCGCUCCGCCGCCGAAAGUCGUUAUGACCAUGAAGUCGUCACCCCCGACCGUCGCCCCGCGUGUUCCACGCGCGAAUACGGUCUCCGCUCUUGGGUCAGUUGUGGAGCAAAAACGUGGGCGAGGAUCACCAACUUCUAUCCCCAAACCGGCUAAGAUGCCCCCUAAAGGUUCUCAGUCACCCCCUAAAUUACCUCAGUCACCCAGACGUAAUAGGAAGGAUGCAGACUCUACUGGGAAAGAGGUUUGUAACUUACUGAGCUGUUGUGUUGGGGUGUACUGUGUUGUGUUGUGUUGUGUUGUCCUGUGUUGUGUUGUGUUGUCCUGUAUUGUGUUGUGUUGUGUUGUGUUGUGUUGUGUUGUGUUGUGUUGUCCUGUGUUGUGUUGUCCUGUAUUGUGUUGUCCUGUGUUGUGUUGUGUCGUGUUGUGUUGUGCUGUGCCGUGUUGUGUUGUGUUGUCCAGUGUUGUGUUGUGUUGUCCUGUAUUGUGUUGUCCUGUGCUGUGUUGUCCUGUGCUGUGUUGUCCUGUGCUGUGUUGUCCUGUGUUGUGCUGUGUUGUCCUGUGUUGUGUUGUGUUGUCCUGUGUUGUGCCGUGUUGUGCUGUGCCGUGUUGUGUUGUGUUGUCCUGUGUUGUGUUGUGUUGCCCUGUGUUGUGCCGUGUUCUGUUGUGCCGUGUUGUGUUGUCCUGCGUUGUGUUGUGAUGCGUUGUGUUGUACUGUGCUGUUCUUUACGAAUUAUUAAUGAGAACUGCAGAUAAUCAUGAUAUGUGUUUAUAUUUUCAGGCUCGCAGUCAAAAUGUGGGGUUACAGUUCACCGUGACAACGUCACUGAAUAUAAGCGCUUCAACCACACCCGAAGAUAUUCAAAAUGCCGCGAAAGAAGCCAUCACUCGAAAUAUAGCGUCGUAUUUAUGGUGAGUUUAUUAGGUUAAGAAGUACUAUUCAGAUCUGAAGAGUUAAGAUGUCAAAAACACUGACAAAUGUCUUCAAUUGCGUUUUUCCAGGUGCGAAAAAGAUGGCAAAAGAAUCCGCCUCGACGAACAUAGAGCUUCAAACAUUUCUGAUCUGGUAAAAAAUGGAAAACUAAACAUUUGGUGUGGCCCUUAAUCGCACGAACUUGAUAUUUUUUAUAUACUGUAUGUGCACAAGAGCAGCGUAAGAAGCGCGAGUUCUAAUGAGAGAGAAGCCAUCAGGCAACAUCAUGUUUUGUCUUGUAAAACUACCGUGUGUUAACAUGUUAUGGCCAUUUUCUACUUCGGACGUAUCGUGUUUUGGCGUAGCGUAUUUCUUUGUUUCCUGAGCACUUGAGUGGCACUAAUGACUCUGAAACAAAAGAAAAUGCUACGAUUGAAGUGAGAAACGGGCUUUCUACAUUGUGUGUGAAACCUACAUAUACACGACUCAGUUAUCUGCUGGCAAAUAAGUGAGUUUUCUGUAGGUGAUGUGAUUGUCAUAUUUAUUUUUGUUUGCUUUUAGCCACUCAAAAAACACGUAGCAAUGUGGUCACAUUGUAUUAAAUUAUAAGUUGAGACUACAAUGUAUAAUAAUAAUAGGAGACAAUAUAAAUAAAGUGAGAACAAAUAAUUUAUAUUUUUGGAGUAAAAGUGCAUUUGUGUGUAUGUGUUACCAAUUUUUAUCAAACUUUCGUUCGUAGGGAUGCUCAACGUUUCGGGCGAAGGUCCUUCAUUGGGAAGGUAGUUAUUCACUCGAAACGUCAAAUUUCGCUUUGUAUUUUUUAGGUAGUUACAUCCCCACCAACGAAAGCUUGUUAUUAUUAUUGGUACUACUUCACAAUUUGAGCUAAGUCCAGUUUAACAAUAAAGAUCAGUACGAUUACCUUCACGCUCCA